UUUGUCAGCGGGGGAGCUUAAGGAAAUGGCGUGCAGGCUACUGUAGAUAAUGUGUUCAAAGGAAGACUGUUUUUUUCCCUCUGUAUCCAUCGAUAUUUCGGUCAUUUGAGUGACUAUUCGUGCAGCCUGGUCCUCGGGUGGACGCCAGGCCAGGUUUAUGGAGGAGUAUGAGCCGCGUCGCGGUGUCGGAUGCGCAUUGCGCCGCAGUUGCUGUUGCUGAGGAGGACCGAUGCUGCGUAAACAAGACUGUCCGAAGCUGCAGAAGCCGCUGUCUUUGAGCACUUACAUGUAAUAUAUUAUUAUAAUAAUCACACAUUUAUGGCCGUCAACAGAUGUGUGGAAUCGUCUCGAAAGAGUAGGGUAUUGAUUUCUCCGGAUUAUUAUCGAUGUGGAUUGUGGAAGGACUUUAGUUUUUAUUCUAAGGCAGGGAAUUAAGUGAGUGCUAUUUAAUUAUUAUUAUUAUUAUUAUUAUUAUUAUUAUUAUUAUUAUUAUUAUUAUUAUUAUUAUUAUUAUUAUUAUUAUUAUUAUUAUUAUUAUCAUUUGUUGAUUAAACUGGACACCUGCCACUGGGCACAUCUGCUGCUUGUGGGCAGCCACGACAUGCUGAUGUUUCCCCAUGAAUAACUCAUCCAAAUGAGUGCCAAUAAGCAGGAGCGCGCAGCCGCGGAGGACGCGCCUGCGUCCGGCAGCCUCCCCUCGCCGCUGCGGCCGCCGGCAGACCGCCUGCCCUGCCACAGCAAGAGCAGCGUGUGCUCCCGCUCCUACUUCGUGGUCGUGAUGGUGUUCUUUCACGUGUACAUCAUCAACGUGAUAUUGCUGCUGUUCUACGUGCACUACAGCAGCGGCAGCAGCGAGGACUCCAGCCGGAGUCCAGACGCGUCCAGCGGCGGCGGCGGCGGCCAGCGCUCCGAGGCGCGGCGGCCGCCGGCCAAGCCGGAGUUCGUGCAGGAUGUUUCCCUGACGAGGAUCGAGGGCAUAAAGGUGGGACAUGUCCAGAAGGUUUCACUGGUUCCGGGCAAAGUGCACGAGAUGCGGACCCUGAGCCUCAAACCGCUUCUGUUUGAGAUCCCUGACUUCCUGUCAGAAGACGAGUGUCGUGUAGUAAUGCAGCUGGCACAGCUGAAGGGUUUGAUGGAGAGCCAGCUGAUGGUGCAAGAAGGUCAAGAAGAGCUGGCCAAGGAGCUCAACCUCAGCCCAGAGGAGAUCUUCAAUCUCCUCGAUACCAACCACGAUGGACAGUUGCAGCUCCAUGAGAUCUUGACACAUUCUCGCGUUAGAGAUGGCAUCUGGCUCACACCAGAAAAUCUGCGCGAAAUCUAUGCCGGGCUCAAAGCUGACAAAGAUGGUGACGAUUUGCUGAGUCUGGAGGAGUUCAAACUUCUAAGCGCCGACGCCUUCCAGCGCUUCCUGCUGCAGCGAGGGGUGAAAAGGAGUCAGUUGGUGCGGAACAGCAGGCACACCUGGCUCUAUCAGGGAAAAGGAGCACACCGGGUCCUCCAAGACAUUAAGGACAGGGUGACACGGCUCACUCAGCUCCCGCCCGCAUUAGUGGACCUCAGUGAACCUCUGCAGGUGGUUCACUAUGAACAGGGAGGACACUACCAUGCCCAUCAUGACAGCGGACCCGUCUACCCUGAAACAGCAUGCACGCACACGCGCCUGGUGGCCAACACCUCCACUCCUUUUGAGACUUCUUGCAGGUACAUCACUGUUCUCUUCUACCUGAACUCUGUUGAUGGGGGCGGGGAGACUGCCUUCCCAGUGGCAGACAACAGGACCUAUGAUGAAGUGUCCCUUAUACAGAAUGACGUGGAUCUUUUGGACACCAGGAGAAACUGUGACAAGAGCAACCUGAGAGUGAGGCCUGCAAAAGGCACGGCAGUGUUUUGGUACAACUACCUCUCUGAUGGAAAGGGUUGGGUGGGGGACCAGGAUGAAUAUGCCUUGCAUGGAGGCUGUGUGGUCACCCAUGGCACUAAGUGGGUUGCCAAUAAAUGGAUAAACAUUGAUCCGGACUUCCAGCGGCAAGCUCGUUAUCAGCAGUUGGUGUCACAGCUGCCUGAAGAUGAGGAUGAUGAAGGUCUGACUAUGAACACAGACGUCCAGAGUCCCAGCAUCCAUCAAGAAUUGUAGCUUAUAGACCAAAUAUACAUUUUGAAGAAAAAAAAUAUAUACAUGUAUAUAUUCCUAGCCUUCCUCAGUCCUGUGCACAACAUUUUUCGGAGUCAUCCUCUGUGGCCAAUUUGUAGAUGCAAGAUUGAUUCAGGGAAUGAGGUCACAGAGGGUUUAUGCAACAGCGAAGAGAUGCAUUUUAAUACUGCUAUCCUGUUAUUCUGUUUUAUUUAUCAAUGGUAUGUCACACUGAAGCCUCUUGAGGCAUUGUGUCUAAAAGUGUCUGAACGCAUGUAAGAUUUAAUUACAUCCAGCAGCACAGUUUCAGAUUGCAAAAAAUACUUCCCUUUCCAUCCACAUCUUCCAAUCAUGGAGAAGCUGAAGUGGCAGAUAAAACAUAGAAGGCUGAUGCUACACAGAGUGUGUCAGAUAUGGUGUGAUAUACUGGAAGUGUGAGGAUGGAUAGGAUUGGCUUGUUCUAUGAUAACAUAGUGAUUCCUAUUUCCAAGUCCAUUAGCACUGAUCAAAACAUAGUUAUGAAUAUUGUGUUGGCUUUCUGUCACUACAUUCUCCCAACUGUCACACACUGGGAGUAAAUAGCAUUUUUGUUUGCAUGCAUUACCUUUACAAAUGUUACUGUUCCUAAUGAGCAACCAGGAAUAAUCUGCAGUUGAAAACUGCAGUGUCUGCCAUUACCAAACGAGAGGUCACACCCCUCAGUGUGAUGCAUGAUGCCUUGUACUUGUCUCUUGAAUCCAUCCUUACUGUUUUGUCAUAGAAUGCACAACAAAUCCAAAUGCACAAGAUAUUGCUCAGAUGUCCAGAUUUCAUUUUAUUUAUUUAUUUAUUUAUUAAGUGUUUAAAAGGCACUGACCCACUGUUCCUCUCUUAAUAAAGUUAAACUAAGCUCAUGUA